UAGAGACUCUGGUGUUUGCCCAUUUGCUUUCUGAUCUCGCGCACUCUCGCUCUCACUCAAAAUUCUCAAUUCAUCACCUUCUUCUUCGUUCGCAAAUCAUAAAUUAGGGUUUCAAAUGUCGGCAUCUUCGGUCUCUAUUAUGGCCACGAACCCGGAAGCGCGUCAGCGCGCGGUCAAGAAGGUCACCACCGCCAUCGAAAUGCUCCCCACUGAUGUCGCCGUCUCACCCGCCGGGACUGCCGGGGAAGGAAGGCAACCUUCCUCCGUCCGAGAAGGCCACGACCUCAGCCACCAAUCGAUCCGUACCGGUGCCGUUCUCCGCCGAACUUCAAACGAUUUGGUCCCAGCGAAGAAGGCCUCCGCUGGAGGCGGCGAUUCCACCGCCGCGCCGCAACGGCGGACCCGGAAGCUCGUCCCGAAGGCUAAGAAGCCGCGGUGGCUGACGGUGCUGAGCGUCAUGGGCAAGAAUAUCGGGCUUCUGAUUGUUGUUUGGUGCUUGGUUCAGUUGAUUCGAAUGUUCAUGGCGAAGUCCGGCAACGCUGGCAUGGUUUCCGGAGACGGUGCUGGCGUAGCUGGCGGUUACGCCUUGGCAGAAUUCGAGGGCAGGAUCGCCGACAUUGACGAUCUGCUGAGGAUGGUACAGAAGCGGGUGGAUGUUGUGGACAAGAAAAUUGAGGAGAAGGGCGCUGCUUUGGAGAAGGAGUUGAAGAAAUUGGAGAGAUUGGAGAAACUUGAAGCGGCGAGUAAGAAAUUGGAAGGGAAUUUGGCUACAUUGAAGGCAAAAGAUUGGAUUCAAAAGGGAGAGCUUGAUAAGGUUGUUGAGGGUUUGAAGAAAGUGAAGGCAAGUGGGGGUUUGGAUAUAGAUGAAGUGAAGGAAUUCGCGAGGAAGAUGAUUGAGGAAGGGAUUGAUAAGCAUGCUGCUGAUGGGAUUGGGAUGGUGGACUAUGCAUUGGCGAGUGGUGGCGCCGCUGUCGUGAAGCAUUCGGAGCCGUUUGAUGUUGGAGGGAGAGGGAACUGGUUCUCGUUGUCUGCUAAGAAUGGUGUUCACCCCAAUGCCGAAAAGAUGUUGAAACCGAGCUUUGGCGAACCGGGGCAGUGCUUUCCAUUGAAAGACAGUAGCGGGUUUGUUCAGAUCAGGUUGAGGACUGCCAUCGUCCCUGAGGCCAUCACAUUGGAGCAUGUUGCAAAGAGCGUUGCAUAUGACAGAUCAAGUGCUCCGAAAGACUGCAGGAUCUCCGGUUGGCUACAGGGGUGUAAUAUGGAUUCCGUUAUUCAUCCAGAGAGGAUGUUUCUCCUAUCAGAAUUCACAUAUGACCUUGACAAGAGCCACGCUCAAACUUUCAAGUUGCUGGACUCAGCAAGUUCUGUUGUUGUCGACACAGUACGGCUCGAUUUUACCUCAAACCAUGGAAGCCCUUCACACACUUGUAUAUAUCGCUUGAGGGUUCAUGGUCACGAGCCCGAAAUAGUUUCAAUGAUGGCUACACAAUCAUUAUAAUGCAUAUCUUAUUUGCUUGGAAUUUGAUCAAAUGCCCGUGUAAUUUUGUUAAUGUUCAAGUAUUAUUUGUUCAGAUAGAGAUUAGGAAGGACUCUAUUAUUGCACUAAUGGUCCUUACAGUGUUUCUGCUUCAGAUUGAUUUUGUAUGUAGUGUAAGAUCCCUGAGUUAGGUAGAUGGUUGAUUGAGUAUCGCGAACUUUCGUUAAUGUGUCUUAUUUAACCUUUCGUUCAACGAUGAGCCAAAUUAGCCAUCAAAGUUAAGCCACUUCUUUACUAA